AUGGGAUCUCGUCGUUGCGAGCCCAAGAGAAACAGCAGCAGCACGGGAAUCCCUAGUAGAGAUAUGCUACACGAGAUCCUGGUGAAGCUGCCCACCAAGCACGUCAUACGGUCCUCGUGCGUCUCCAAGCUCUGGCGCAAAGUCGCCUGCGCCCCCUCCUUCCGCAGCCGCCACGCCAUGGCCAGCCAUGUCACCUCGGCCCGCACGGAGGCCUUGCUCGUCACAGAGAGGCGCCAGCCCGGCCGGAGCGACGAGGCCAGCGUAUUCAACGCCUCGUCCGGUAAGGCCAUGUGCUGUGUCCCCAUCCCUGCCAGCUACGGCCUCGCCAACGUCUGCAAUGGCUUCCUGUGCUUCGUCCACGCGCGUGAAGGAGAUGAGGCACCUGCGGUGGUAUGCAACCCUGCCACGGGCGAGACGGUGGCGCUACCCAAGGCUCCCCCGCUGAUCACCUCCGACAAAAACUACCUAGAUUAUAUCUUCUCUUUCGGAUUCAGUCCCUCCACCGGGGAAUACAAGUUGUUCCGGCUGUUGUUCCGGUCAUGGUCGUCGUCUACAUCCUCCGAGCAGCGUGUCGAGGUGGACGUCUAUACCCUGGGCGACAAGCGCGGGUGGCGCCGGCAUUCAUUCGACUCCCCGUGUUGCCCGUCUAAAGUUUCAGCGCCGGUGUCGAUCCACGGCAAGCUAUACUUGGUGACAGUUAGCUGGACGCAUCACAGGAAACGCGAGAAUCCCACGAGAUUAUUGGCCAUUGACGUGGCGACAGAGCUGUGCUGCACCUACAAUCUCCCCGACUACGAGACCGUACCCUACGAGCAGCCGACGGUCGGCGCCUUUGAGCUCAACGGCCGCCUGUGCUUCGCUGCACACAUUACCAACUUCACCGAAUCCAGUAAAAUCCACUUCUGGGUCAUGUCGCCUCCACCGGAGGGCAAUGACCCGCAGCAACCCUCUUGGGAUCUGCGCUACAGCUUCCACAUGCUAGGCCACCACUUUUACUUCUCAAGGCCGUGGGGCUGCUGGCUUGACGAUGAUCAGAUGCUGUGCUACUUGAUGAAUGAAACCUUGCACAAGUACGACACGACGAAAUGCCCAGCGAUUUCUGACGGUGGGUUUCUUCAGUGGGACAAGAAACUACAUCUUCCUGCGGCUCCCUCAAGAGAUAGAUGCUUAUGGAAUGUCUGUGGGGGUUACCGGCCCACCCUUCUAUCGCCUCUCUCAUUCGCGUUGCCACCGUCCCAAGGCGACGAUGAAAACAAACAUCAAUUUGAGCACGACGUGUUAAGCACAAUACGAUUGUAG